UAUGACAGAUUGGAUGGAUUUAAAAAAUAAAAGCUUGUUGUUAUCUUUCUCUGUGAAGAUGUUUACCACGUUCUUCUGGAACCUGAGAAUCACAACACUUGUAGACCCCCAAGUGACCUUAUAAUGGAGUCAGGAGACAUCAGACUGUGCUCUUUCACAAAACUAUUACACACUUCUGCGCCUACUAGCUCACAGCUUUGUGGAGAUGUGCGAACAGAAGCGCAUACAGAUUCAGUUGGAGGGACAUCAGGCUCUGUGGGACACAUCAACCCCAUGGACCAGCAGAAAUAUAUAAAAAAGGAAGAGCCUGAAGCUGAAAGCUAUGUCUGUGAAGUGACAUCAAACUCUGUGGAAAACAUCACACCUGUGGAUGAACAGAAAUAUAUAAAACAGGAAGAACCUGAAGAUGAAGACUACCUCUGUGGUGGGACAUCAAGUUCUGUGGAAAACGUAGACCAACAGAGAGGAGGAUUUAAAAGCCUGCAUGUAAAAGAUGAAGACUACAUCUGUACAACGACAGUGUGGGAAAUGAAUGAUGUCCCGUUACAAGAAAUGCAUCCCUGCUCACAGUGUGGGAAGAGUUUCACUGACCAAAAUAAUCUCAGACGACAUCAGUACAUUCACACAUGUGAGAAGCCACAUCAUUGCACAGAGUGCGGGAAGAGUUUUUCUCGACAGUGUUUUCUCGAACAACACCAGCGCAUUCACACCGGCGAGAAACCGUAUCAGUGCUCAGAGUGCGGGAAGAGUUAUUCUCGACAGAGUGUUCUCGAACAACACCAGCGCAUUCACACUGGCGAGAAGCCGUAUCACUGCUCCGAGUGCGGGAAGACUUUUGCCCAACAUGGUAGCCUCCAACAACAUCAACGCAUUCACAAUGGAGAAAGGCCGUAUCACUGCUCAGAGUGUGGGAAAAGUUUUGUUCGACAAAGUGCUCUUCAAAUACACCUUCGCAUUCACACAGGAGAGAAGCCGUAUCACUGCUCCGAGUGUGGGAAGGAUUUUAUGCGACAGAGUGAUCUCCUAAUACACCAGCGCAUUCACACGGGAGAGAAGCCCCAUCACUGCUCAGAGUGUGGGAAGAGUUAUUCUCGACGGAGUGUUCUCGAACAACACCAGCGCAUUCACACAGGUUUGAAGCCUUAUCACUGCUCCGAGUGUGGUAAGUGUUUUGCCCAACAUGGCACUCUCCAAAGACAUCAGCGCAUUCACAAUGGAGAAAAGCCGUAUCACUGCUCGGAGUGUGGGAAGUGUUUUGCCCAGAAUGGUACUCUCCAUCGACACCAACGUAUCCACAGUGGAGAAAACGGCACUGAAUUUUACUCGACAGUAAAAGUAUGCCUAGCACUAAAACGCUACGCACACAUUUUCGUGGUGUUCCCUGGGCACAAACCUGUAAUGGACAUCAAAAAAGAAUCCCGCAGAAUCACAGACCCAAACCUUAUAAUGGAAUCAGCAGAGGUCCGAGCAUGCUCUUUCAGAAAACCUCCAUACACCCCUGCUCCUGCUAGCUCUCAGCUUUGUAGGGAUGUACAGACAGAAACUUUUACAGAUUCAGGUGGAGGGACAUCAGGCUUUGUGGGACACAUCAACCCCAUGGACCAACAGAACCAUGUAAAAAAGGAUGAACCUGAGGAUGAAGGCUUUGUCUGUGAAGCAACGCCAGACCUUGUGGGAUACAUCACACCUAUGGAUGAACAGAUAUAUAUAAAAAAGGAAGAACCUGAGGAUGAAGACUAUCUCUGUGGAGACACAUCAGGCUCUGUUGAAAAUGUAGACCAGCAGAGAGGAUUUCAGAGCUUGCAUGUAAAAGAGGAAGAAUCUAAAGAUGAAGACUACAUCUGUACAACGACAGUCUUGGAAAAUGAUGAUGCCCAGUUACAUGUCCUCUCCUGCUUCUGCUGUUCCCUUUCCUAUACGUCUCAAAUUAACCUCCAGAAACAUAUCACAAGUUGCCACUCCAAUGAAUAUGAGAGACUAAUAAAAUCAGGAGAGAUAAUGUUUGAGAAUCUUAUGCCGCCAAGAAGCUCCAGUUUUCAGCAAACAAUCUCUGGUACUCUGCAAAUGCAGAAAGAAGUCUAUCAGUGCUUGCAGUGUGGGAAGAGUUUUACUGACCAGAAAAAUCUCAGAAGACACCAGCGCAUUCACACAGGAGAGAAACCACAUCGCUGCUCAGAGUGUGGGAAGAGAUUUGUUCGACAGAGUGAUCUCCAAAUACACCUGCGCAGUCACACAGGAGAGAGGCCACAUCACUGCUCAGAGUGUGGGAAGAGUUUCGCCCAACACAGUAAUCUCCAAAGACAUCAGCGCAUUCAUAAUGGAGAAAAGCCAUUUCACUGCUCACAGUGUGGGAAGCGUUUUAAGCAACAGAGUCACCUCCAGACACAUCAGCGCAUCCAUACAGGAGAGAGGCCGUAUCACUGCUCACAGUGUGGGAAGAGUUUUAUUCAACAAAGUGAUCUCCAAACACACCAACGCAUUCACACCGGAGAGAGGCCGUAUCAGUGCUUACAGUGUGGGAAGAGCUUUAAUCGGCAGAGUACUUUCAAAGCUCACCAGUUCAUUCACACAGGAGAAAAGCCACAUCACUGCUCACAGUGUGGAAUGAGUUUUGCCCAUCACAGUAGUCUCCAACGACACCAACGAGUUCAUACAGGAGAGAAGCCGUAUCACUGUUCAGACUGUGGGAAGAGUUUUAUUCAACAAAGUGAUCUCCAAACACACCAGAUCAUUCACACAGGAGAGAAGCCCUAUCACUGCUCACAGUGUGGGAAGAGUUUUACUCGACAGAGUACUCUGAAAGCACACCAGGCCAUUCACACAGGACAGACCUAUGAAGUUAUGAUCAUGCCAUUUAAAAUUCUGGAGUUCGGUUUAUUAAGACUUUUGGCCUCUUUCUUCCAUAUUCUUAUAAUGGACUCAGCCGAGACCCGACCAUGCUCUUUCAGAAAAACUUCAAAUACUCUUCUUCCUGUUGAUUCACAGCCUCACGGGGAUGUGCAGAAAGAAACUUGUACAGCUUUAAGUGGAGGCGCAUUGAGCUCUCUGGGAGACAUCAUCCUUGGGGACCAUUAUGAACAAGUAAAAAAGGAAGAACCUGAAGAUGAAGACUACCUCUAUUAUCGACUUUCAGGUGAAGUGACAUCAAGUUCUCUAGGGGGCAUGACUCCUGUGGACCAACAGAAAAAAGAAGAACAUGAAGAUAAAGACUACCUCAGUGGAGAAACAUCAAGCUUUGUGGGACAUAUCCCCCUUGUAGACCAACAGAAGCAUGUAAUAAAAGAGGAACCUGAAGAUGAAGAUUAUCUUUGUGGUGGAACAUCAAGCUCUGUCACCCAUGUGGACGAACAGAAUGAGGAGGUUCUUAAGAAGGAAAUAAAAGUUGAAGAGUCUAAAGAUGAAGAGUACUUCUGUAGAACAACAGUCUGUGAAAUGAACAACCCCCAGUUACAAGCCUUCACCUGCUCGUGGUGUCCACUUGUCUGUAUAUCUCAGAGUGACCUCCACAAACACAUGAGAAGAUGCCACUAUGAGGAUUAUAUGAAACUCAUGAAAUCAGGAAAGGUGGAAUAUGAGAAACCAAUGCCUACAGGAAACUCAGACAGUCAGCAAACAAUCUCUGGUAUUCUCAACUGUCAUAUCACUCAUAGAGAAAUGCAAGGAGGUAUCUUUCACUGCUCACAGUGUGGGAAGAGUUUUACUGACCAGAGUACUCACCGACAGCAUCAAUGCAAUCACACAGCAGAGAAGCUGCAUCACUGCUCCGAGUGUGGGAAGAACUUUGCCCAACAGAGCCAACUCCAACGCCACCAACGCAUUCACACAGGAGAGAAGCCUUAUAACUGCUCAGAGUGUGGAAAGACAUUCAUUGGGAAGAAUACUCUUAAAGCACACCAGCACACUCACACAGGAGAGAAGCUGCAUCACUGCUUACAGUGUGGGAAGAGUUUUGCCCAACACGGUAAUCUCCAACGACACCAGCGCAUUCACAAUGGAGGGAAGCCGUAUAAGUGCUCACAAUGUGGGAAGGGUUUCGGCCAGCAGGGUAAUCUCCAGCGUCACCAACGUGUUCACAACGGAGAGAAGCCAUAUUACUGCUCACAGUGCGGGAUGUGUUUUACCCAGCAGAGUAAUCUUCAGCGACACCAGCGCAUUCACAAUGGCGAGAAGCCGUACCGCUGCUCACAGUGUGGGAAGAGUUUUGUAAACAACUGUAGUCUCCGAACACACCAGCUCAUUCACAACGGAGAGAAGCCACACCACUGCUCAGAGUGUGGGAAAAGUUUUAUAUACAAGAGUGAUUUCCAGAUACACCAGCGCAUUCACACAGGAGAGAAACCGUAUAACUGCUCAGAGUGUGGGAAACGUUUUACAACCAUGAGUAAUUUCCAACGGCAUCAGCGCAUUCACACAGCAGAGAAGCCACAUCACUGUACACACUGUGGAAAGAAUUUUAUUCAUGAGAAUCAACUCCAGAAACACCAGCGCAUUCACACAGGAGAGAAGCCGUAUCAGUGCUCAGAGUGUGGGAAGAGCUUUAGUUACAAGAGUCCCCUCGAGAAACACCAGCGCGUUCACAUGGCAGAGAAGCCGAUUCAGUGCUUGGUGUGGACGGAAAUUAAUUUAUUCACAGCUGAAGAUACAAGAGUGGACCUACAUGGAGCUAUCAGUUUGUAAUGCACGAUCUCUAAAUGAAGUAUUGUAAUUAAUAUAAUUGCUGUUUAAACAAACUAUACAGCACUUGAAGGGAGUCUGUACUCACUUGUAUGCACUAUUUUGCACUUUUAUAUUUUGUUCUUUUUAAUAGCAAAAAUUUUUUUGCAUGCCCAAACUUCUUGUAAGCUUCCAAUACCACACUUUACCCUUGCCUAGCCCCACAGGCUGAUGGACUAUCUACACUCCCAAACUGAGUAGUGUGGUGUGUAUAGAGUUUGUACAUCACUUAACACAAGUGUUGCAUUGGCUUUUCAGCUGGUGUGGAUUAAGUACUUUUAAAUGAGAAGUACAGGUAUCAGAGCCAUCAAUGUGUAUGCAGGGGUAUUACAAAACAACGUAAACCCAUAAAAAUAUAUUAAAAUCUCCAGUCAGCUUGUUUUCAGAUAUACUAAUAACACCAUUAUCUAUAACUCCUACAGUAAAUUAAAAUAUUAAAAUGUAUAUCCAUAACAGUGUGAAAUUACAAAGAUGCUGUUCUUAGAAUGGGAAGUGUCCAUACAAUAACAUUAUAAGAUCACGCACCUCUUUAAGGGUACUAACUAUAAAACCACAAAUAGUUAAAUUGCCUGAUACACCAUCUGUGUCCGGAACACUACCUUUGCUCCUGGUGUUUUCUAAAGACGCACGUUAUAAUUGUGUUGAUCGUGUUUUCUGGUGGCUUACUGGUUAGCAUGUUUGCCUCGCACCCUUGGGGGUUUGAAUCCCACAACCGCAUUGUGUACAGAGAGCUUGUAUGUUCUCCCUGUGCUUUGCGGGUUUCCUCACGGUAAUCCAGUUUCCUCCCUUAGUCCAAAGACAUGCGUU